AUGAUCAAACAUUUCUCUGAUACAAGCUUCAAUAGCUACAAUGAGAACGAAUAUAGUUCAGACGAGGAGUCAUUCCCAAAGAAUUUCGCUAUAGGAGAAGGAUCAGCUACUCCAAAAAUAGAACCAAAUAUAAAUGAGAUCUUUUCAAGUGAUGAGGAUAUGGAUUACACACGUCCCAUAUAUCAAGAAAUGCAAUCAAAGCAGUUCACUUCAAAAGUCAUGAUAUUCACAUUCGAUGACAUUCCCUUCGAAAAAUGGAAUGAUCGACAUGACGAAUUUCAUGAAUGGAUGAAUCCAGAAGCCAUAACAUCACCAUUAGAGCUUAUUAUUCAACUAUUUACGGCAGGGCUAUCCAUAUUUCUGAAAUCGGGAAAAUGUACAACAUCGACGUUAAUACAGAACCACAUGAAAGCUUCGAAGAAGCAGAGGAAUAGUACGAAUGUCCAGGAGAUCAUUACGGCUGUUGCGACAAGCAUAUCACCGAGUCCGAAAUGGAUCACUAAAUGA